UUCUGUAUGACCCAUCGGGGUCUUCAUGAUCAUGAUUGUGGGCAAUUCCUCGACUGAUCGUUAGCCGCAAAUCCUGGGAGUCAUACAAGAUAAGUAGUGCAUGAGAUUUUCAUACCUUUGCUCGGGAGUUUGCUGCUACCAUGGAGUCAGCUCGUAUUUUCACGACAUUGAUCCUUCUAUCUUUGGUAUCAGUGUGUUGUGCUAGAGUGACUUCAUCCGGAUUCCCAUUCCAAAAUGAUGAUUUCAUCAGCUCAGAAAAUUCUGCGCUGCAUGCAGAAGGAGAGAAACCUUACAUCAUCAUGUCGCACUCGAAACUCGAUACUCUGAAUGUUUACCCCCCAUCUUCCAAAGGAAACGAUCCGGGAGAUUGCGACCAUAGUUAUGGCUUCUUUCCAUGCUCAACUGCAAGGUCGGGAAGUACACUGCUAUUGCUGAUAUAUGGAUUCAUACUGUUCUUUGCUGCUGAUCUUCUUUCCAAGGGGAGCACUUUAUUGUUAACCAAGCUUCGACCUGGUCUUAUUGGAGGAAUUCUUAUUCCUGUUGUGAGAACCUUGCCUGCUACUUUCAUAAUCAUAGCUCUAUUAUGGGCAAGAGAUCAGGAAGAGGCAAAAGCGCAAAUGACAAUCGGUAUAGGUCUGCUGUCUGGAACAACUGCUGGUUUUCUCUGCAAUGUCUGGGGACGCUCAAUAAUUGCAGGUCGCUGUGACCUGCAUCCCACUGGAGUUGCUAUGGAUGGAGUGCUUACGAAGGGAUGGAGUCUCACAAGGACUGGAAUAUCAACAAGCCCACAUGCAAGGGAAGGAGCAUGGUUCAUGAUUUUGACACUGCUGCCGUACUUGGUAAUACAGUUCCCUGUAACGCUCGGUCGGUCACAAGAAUCACGUGACAGAGCCGUGCUUAUUGCUGGCGUGCUUGCUCUGGUUCUUUUUGCAUCCUUCUGCAUCUACCAGCUUUGCUGUCCCCGAUUUCAGUUCUACGCGGUUGAAAGUGCCAAGUUGAGCCCUUCAUUCCAUGGGGGCCUACUACCAACAUCUUCUAACACGUCUGAAUACUCCUGGUGGAUGGAAGAUGGAAAAACUCCCAACAUGCGGCUACUGGAAAAGCUGUUCGACAAGUACUAUUCGAAUAGCGAUGGCUACAUGACACGGCAUGAAUUGGGUAAUUGGCUCAUAGCUCUGGGACUAACGUGCACGCGACAACUUCAAGACGAGUGGAUGUCAAACUUGGACACAAACAGGGACGAUAAAAUCUCUCAAGAAGAGUUUACGAGUGGUAUGGCUGCAUGGAUGCGUAGUGAAUUUGCCGAAAAUUCUUCGGAUGGAAAGGAAAACCAGGUACUUAUAACUAUUGCAGUGGAGGCACUUCUUAACGAUAUCAAGAGAUUAGAGACUCAUUCCCCAACUAUUAAGCCAGGCCUGUAUAAGCUUCUUGGAGGCACAGCUCUCUCAGCCAUUAUGGCAAACCCCAUGGUCAACGCGAUUGGAGAUUUUUCUGGAGCCACCUCCAUUCCUCGUUUGUACGUAGGUUUUGUGGCACUCCCUUUCGUCCUGUAUCUCAGUGAAGGGAUCUCAACCUUCACCCUCGCUCGCAGAAAAAGAGAUUUACAUAUGAAUACGAUUUUUCCUCGGAUUUACGGCGAUGUGACCAUGAUCAACACGCUGUCACUCGUUGUUUUCUUGGCGGUGUUUCAGCGAACUGGUCUGGCAUGGGAGUUUUCAUCAGAAGUGCUUGUAAUUCUGAUUGUCUUUGUGGUUAUUGGGCUAGUAGCAUCUGUGAGGUCCAGCUUUCCUCUCUUGACUGGAUUCCUGGCCGUGUUCCUUUACCCAGUGUUGAUCGUGAUCCUGUACUUCUUUGAGUCCAUUUGUCACAUCUUAGCGACAGGAAUCACCAUAAGCUUUCCUUGCUGGGAAGGUCUCAUAGCACUGAUCAUCAUUACUUCGGUUCUGUUUUUAGUUUGUGGGCACUGUUAUGCUUGUGUAUCUCGCCGCCACUGGAGAUCGUAGGGCGUGGAUGUACAGCCUUCCCCAGCAUCAUCGAUUCUGUCUCGAAAAAUUUUCAUCUACGGGAUUCGCUUCAGGAGCAUGGAUACUCAGCCUGAACCAUCCUCCAAGUUCAACAACGUGGUAUACAGAAUCCCCCCAUCAUGCCAAGCCUAUGCUUAUGCAACAUCUCAUAAUUUUUUCACCUAUAUGCAUAGACUGUAUUGUCUCUUACAACCGAGAUUCCAACCGACAUGGCUCUGUCGUCAUCCUGGAGCUCACAUCAAGAGGUUAUGCCUUAUAUGUAUGUAGAUGUUAAAAAUCUCCACAACUUUCCGUUUUGCGGUACCAGAUUUGACGUUAACCAUCCCACGCCUACAAAGAAUACUGUACUCAUAUUAGAUGCAAUGGAGAAACCUCAGACCCGAUUCAGAUCUGGCAGAAUGCCGUAGAUAUAUUGAAGAAGUUCAAGCACAGGCUACGUUCUUAUGUUUUCAGGAGGGGAAAACAUGGAGAGCUUUGGAGGGAUCAUUAUCCUUUUAUUUGUUAGACAGAUUCGAUAGCUCGUUGAGCACUGUAUAAGUCAUGACAAAAGUUCAAAUCUGUGAGGAAGGCACAUAUAGCAAAGUUGCAGAAUUAGAGUAGCCCUUGUGAUCUAAGCCAUUGUGGUUACAGAACUGCUAGUAGACUGUGAAUAUACGGAACAUUAGCUAUAAUGAGUGGUUGCUCAGUCCUACCACAAUCCUAGCAAUUGUGGCAAUGAGAUCCUACUCCUGAAUAAUUUUGGCAUGACGCCUAAUUUUGGAGUGCUUGUAUCUUACGGUUAUUCAAUAAUAGAUCAAGUUCACGGAGCGAACAGAAACAGGA